CCGGCGCCGGAAGCCGCGCUCCUCCACCUUCUUCUUCCUCGGUCUCCUGUCACUAUGGCCUUGGCUGUCCUGAGGGUCCUGGAGCCCUUCCCGACGGAGAUGCCCCCGUUGGCAGUGCUGCUGCCGCCCGGGGGCCCGUGGCCCGCCGCGGGGCCGGGCCUGGUGCUGGCCCUGCGGCCUGCCGGGGAGAGCCCCGCCGGGCCGGCCUUGCUAGUGGCCGCCCAGGAGGGGCCGGCAGCGGGCACCGAGGAGCAGGGCCCCGGGCCUCCGCCGCUGCUGGUUAGCCGAGCGCUGCUGCGGCUCUUGGCGCUGGACUCGGGGGCCUGGGUGCGGGCGCGGCCAGUGCGGCGCCCCCCGGCGCUAGGCUGGGCGCUGCUCGGCACCUCGUCUGGGCCGGGCCUCGGGCCGCGGGUCGGGCCGCUGCUAGUGAGGCGCGGAGAAGCCUUGCCAGCCCCGGGACCGCGGGUGCUGGAGACGCGGCCGGCCUUGCAAGGGUUACUGGGCCCCGGGACUCGGCUGGCAGUGACCGAGCUCCGCGGGGGGACCAAACUGGGCCUGGAGACUGGAGACAGCAGCCGGCCCCGACCCCCGCCCGUGGUGUCCUCCUUCGCGGCUCCGGCCAAGGUCCGGCAACUCCGGGGGAUUCUGGGAGGGAGUGGAGAUUCACUGCGGGUGAGCAGGACAUGCCUCCGAGGCCUGGGCCUCUUCCAGGGCGAAUGGGUGUGGGUGUCUCGGACCGGAGAGACGACUUCCAAACCGCACUUGGCCACAGUGCAGGUCGUAGAACCUCGCUGGAACCUCUUCGAGAGGCUGGGGCCUGGGUCCGGGCAGCUGGGAGAGACCCUCGCUGACGGACUGGCCCUUGUGCCCGCCACCCUAGCUUUUAAUCUCGGCUGUGACCCUCUGGAAGUGGGCGAGCUCAGAAUUCAGAGGUACUUGGAUGGCUCCCGCACCCCUGAAGGUAAAGGAAGUUGCUCAGUGCUGCCUGCACCUCCGUUUGCCAAAGAACUACACAUCGAAAUUGUGUCUUCUCCCCACUACUGCACGGAUGGGAAUUAUGACCGUGUCCUCUAUCGGCACUUUGAGACACCUAGGGUAGUCCAGGAAGGGGGUGUUCUGUGUGUGGCAACAGCUGGACACGUGGAGGUCCUGGAAGGAAGCCCAGAGAAACUGCCCAGGUGGCGGGAGCUGUUCUUUAAGGUGAAGAAGACCAUUGGAGAUGCCCCGGAAGAGCCAGCCAGUGCCUACUUGGCUGACACCACCCAUACCUCCUUGUACCUGGUGGGCACCACCCUGAGCACAGUGCCAGGGCUGCCUUCAGGAGAAAACCCUCCCUGGAGCAGCUUGUCCCCCCCAGGCCUGGAGGCCCUGGUGGCUGAGCUCUGCGCCGCCCUGAAGCCUCGCCUCCAGCCAGGGGGUGCCCUGCUAACAGGAAGUAGCAGUGUCCUCCUGAAGGGUCCCCCAGCCAGCGGGAAGAGCACCGCAGUCGCUGCCGCCUGUAGCCGCCUGGGCCUCCACCUGCUGAAGGUGCCCUGCUCCAGCCUCUGUGCAGACAGCAGUGGGGCUGUGGAGACCAGGCUGCAGGCCACCUUCUCUCGGGCCCGACGCUGCCGGCCCGCAGUCCUGCUCCUGACGGCUGUGGACCUUCUGGGCCGGGACCGUGAGGGGCUAGGUGAGGACGCCCGCGUGGUGGGGACACUGCGCCAUCUCCUGCUCGACGAGGACCCCCUGGCCAGCUGCCCUCCCCUGCUGGUGGUGGCCACCACCAGCCGGGCCCAGGACCUGCCUGCUGAUGUGCAGACAGCAUUUCCUCAGGAGCUGGAGGUGCCCGUGCUGUCCGAGGUCCAGCGGCUCCACGUCCUGCAGGCCCUCACUGCCCACCUCCCCCUGGGCCAGGAGGUGAACUUGGCCCAGCUGGCACGGCGAUGUGCUGGCUUCGUGGUGGGGGACCUCUAUGCCCUCCUGACCCACAGCAGCCGUGCAGCCUGUGCCAGGAUCAAGAACUCGGGGCUGGCCGGUGGCUGGAGCGAGGAAGAUGAGGGUGACCUGUGUGCGGCUGGCUUCCCCCUCCUGGCGGAGGACUUCCGGCAGGCACUAGAGCAGCUGCAGGAAGCACACUCCCAAGCCGUGGGCGCCCCCAAGAUCCCCUCUGUGUCCUGGCAGGAUGUGGGGGGGCUGCAGGAGGCGAAGAGGGAGAUUCUGGAGACCAUCCAGCUGCCCCUGGAGCACCCGGAGCUACUGAGCCUGGGCCUCCGGCGCUCGGGCCUCCUGCUCUAUGGGCCCCCCGGCACCGGCAAGACCCUGCUGGCCAAGGCUGUGGCCACGGAGUGCAGUCUCACCUUCCUCAGUGUGAAGGGGCCAGAGCUGAUCAACAUGUACGUGGGCCAGAGCGAGGAGAAUGUGCGGGAAGUGUUCGCUAGGGCCAGAGCCGCAGCCCCCUGCGUUAUCUUCUUUGAUGAGCUGGACUCGCUGGCCCCAAGCCGGGGGCGAAGUGGAGAUUCUGGAGGAGUGAUGGACAGGGUGGUGUCCCAGCUCCUGGCUGAGCUGGACGGGCUUCACAGCACUCAGGACGUGUUUGUGAUUGGGGCCACCAACAGGCCAGACCUCUUGGACCUUGCCCUGCUGCGGCCUGGCAGGUUUGACAAACUGGUGUUUGUGGGGGUGAGCGAGGACCGGGCCUCCCAGCUGCGGGUCCUGAGCGCCAUCACACGCAAGUUCCAGCUGGAGCCCGCUGUGAGCCUAGUGAGCGUGCUGGACCGCUGCCCACCCCAGCUGACAGGCGCCGACCUCUACUCCCUCUGCUCUGACGCCAUGACUGCUGCCCUCAAACGCAGGGUUCGUGACCUGGAGGAAGGGCGGGAGCCGGGGAGCCCCGGCCUGCAGCUCACCAUGGAGGACCUGCUGCAGGCCGCUGCAGGGCUGCAGCCCUCUGUCAGCGAGCAGGAGCUGCUCAGGUACAAGCGUAUCCAGCGCAAGUUUGCUGCCUGCUAGGGUGCCUGCAUCCUGGCUCCCACCCACGUGGCUAGGGGCGCCUCGGUUUCCCUCACAGACCUGCAAAGGAGGAAGGGACUCUUCCUCAGGCUGCUGCCCACCCACCUGAAGGCAGGUCCCCCUAGGCCUCAGGCCUGUCCCUUCUUCCAAGCCAGCUGCUCAGGGAGCCGGGCCCAGGCCCGGGUUUGGGGGAUUAGCCAGAAAAUAAAGUGGCUGAAAACCAAGUA